AUGAUGAACGUCUCUUCCACCAAUACAUCCGUUUCAAAGAAUGCAAUGAAAUGCUUUCUGACCCCAAUAUUUAGAUCCAAGUUCCGCUUACAGCAACUAAAACCAUGGAUAGUUACAACCACCCAGUCAUAUCUUGGUGGAAUCAACGAUGAAAUCGUUGUUGAAUACAUUUACGAGCUCAUAGGUUCAGAUGACGAAAUGGUAGACCAGGAUCAAGUAGUAGAUAUGUCGAACUUGAAUGAACAACUUUGCGAGUUUUUGGGGAAGCGGGAAUCACUACAGUUUUGUCAAAAAUUAUGGAAAUUAAUGUAUGAAUUGCUGAAGGGUAAUACACCUGAUGAAUUGAAAGUGCAAAAGAAAAAAUUGGAGUUGAAAAACGUUGAAAAGGAAGAUGUUCAUGAGAAGGAGAAGAAGGGAUACAAAAGAAGAAAUGAUAUUGCUACAGAUAAGGAACGCGAAAGAGAACGGAUAGUAGACAAAGGAAGUAGAGGCGUAGGCGGAGAGAGGCGAAGGACCAACUAUAAUCGUAGUAGCAGAACUAAUGUACCUGGAGACAGAGAAAGUUUUCAAAGACUGGACGAUAACAGGAAUAGUUACGGAAAGUAUAACGGAUACCGAUCGAGGUAUGAAAGAAAUGAAAGAGAUGAAAGAGAUGAAAGAGAUGAAAGAGAUAGAGAAUAUAGCAAGUAUAGAAGCAAUCGAUAUAUUAUGUAG